GCAUUCACGAGCUCAGAACUUUAAUGCGUUGGCGCAGCUUCACAGAUUUAUAAAUGCUAUGUGUAGUCUGAUCGUAUCAGUGAAUGCAAUAGAGCCAAUGCAUUUCACAGACAGAUCUAUGAAAAAUACGCAAAUAACCAAAUGUACGUGACAUUUUGAUCAUACCCAACGGGAUCAGUGGUUUAUGUACGUACACACUCGAUGCGGGGAGAAAGUUGCUGGACAUGUUUUCCUGAAAGUGUGUUAUUAUUUCACAGUGUGCAACAUUGUAGACACUGUACUUACCUGGAUUUGUGAUUGAACAACAAACAUCCCAUAUCCCGUGUUUGAAUGGUUUCGAUGCAAGUUGUUUACUCUAUGGCCUGAAGAAAAGUUGUCGAACUCGAAGUAUAUGUUAUCUGUUGCGCACGAUCCCGUAAUGGAGCUGCAUGCAUUCGACUUUGGCCCAGAGGAAAUUGGCUCCGUAGAACUCGCUGUCAUAUACAUAAAAUGAUAUUGAAACAGGCCCCACACAUGAAUGAAGUACACCUGGGGAUCCAGGGCCGCUGUGACCCCUAACAGCAGCAAACUUCUUCAGAUCUGACUUGAGGGAGGAGGUGUGUGUUCUCCACCCUCUACUCUUUCCUGUCGGACUUAUGUUUCCUCCCGAGUUCCUCUGUUCUCGCCGUUAAACAAAGCAGGACACAACGGUCCCAGACCGAGGCAGUCUAGGCAGAAACACUUGGCCUCGUCCUUGUUUUUUACUCAAGUGACUGGGGAUAUAUAUAAAGGACCUCAACUUUUCCCCCCGCUGUUUUAGUUUUUUUUUUUUUUAGCUUGAUGAUUAUAGUAUGAGUCAUCCUCCCCAGCAGAAAGUGAUCCCUGAUAAGAGUGGGGGCAAACAUCGGGCUGCAGCUGCCAUGAAGGAGCCCACAGUGCAGCACGCGGGGGAUGUCUUCUAUGGCGGUAUGGGCCCCCCGGCUCUGGAGUCUGCUCACAGGGUAGGGGAGCCUGGAGGCCACGGCUCUGGGGUCUUCAACCCAGAGAAGGGGCCCCAAAGUCGUGCACACUAUCAGCAGACUGCCUCUGUCAAAUGGAUGCACCAGGACCACAUCCAAGCCGCUGGCUGGUCUCAGGAUGCUUCUGGACCCCUGCCAACCAAUUCAUGGGGGCAGAACUUUAGCCCGUAUAUGGACGGCUUGAACAACGUUAGGGUCCAGAUGGCCUUCCCCAAGGGGAGCCACGAUGGAGGAGCUGCUCUGCAGAUGGGGCCAGCAGAGAAACAGGCUCCAGGUUCCUUGGAGGUUUACAGGGAGGCAACCCAAGCUCAAGCCCAGGCUAGGGGCUUAGAGUGGGGGCAGCAAGCUGCGGCAGCCGCCAUGCGUCAAGCCCAGCUCCAGGCCUUCCAGCAGGGCCAUACAGGUGUAGAUCUCCAGGCUCAGCCCCCCCAUGCCCCCUCCUCUCACCCCACCAUGCAACCAGGGUCCUUGAUGCAGCCCAUCCAGCUGGCGUUCGGACCCACCAAACAGCACCUUCCGUCUGGGUACUACCCGGUGUUCCAGGGGGGCACCAAGGCCAUCCCCAACCUGAGCUACAACGAGCAGCCAAAAACCCAACAACAACACCAACUGAUGCAGCUUCAGAUGCAACAGCAGCAACAACAACAGCAGAAGCAGCAACAACAACAGUUACAUCAGCAGCAUCAUCAUCAACAACAACAACAGCAGCACCAGUUGCAGCAACAGCUCCAGCACCAAAUGCAACAGCAUCAGAUCCAACUGCAGCUGAAUCAGCAGUAUCACAAGCAGCAAAUACAACAGGAGCAACGGCAACAAAUGCACCAGCAGCAGCUUCAACCGCCACACAGUUUACCACCGCAGGAAAUACUGCAGCCGCAGUCUCAGCAAAAGCCACAGCCAAACCAACACAUCCUGAGUUAUAACCAGCCCCCUGACAACUGUCCAUCUAGAGCUAGCCCCUCAACCCCUCAGAAGGACAUGCCUCUGUCUGUGGAGACUCAGGGACUGGGACAUACACCGGAUGUAGAGACCCCGUCCACUGACCCAUCAAGCACACCCUCCGACCCCUGCCCCCCAAAACUCACAUCGGACCCCAUGUCACCCUCAGACGCAUCUCCGGCUGCCCCCCGUCGCUCCCGCCGCCUCUCCAGAGACGGGCUAUCACCACUCGUGGACCCUCCCUCACUAUCCCCCUGGAACCAGACCUUCAGAGAGGUACCCCAGAACGGUGUGGUAGCCAGACGAGAAGGGGGGGGGAGACAGGGGCCGACUGGGGGGGUUAUCCAGAGUACCCGCCGGAGGAGGAGGGCGUCGAAAGAGAUCAACUUGGAGACUCUGGCCCAGAAGGCUUCCGAGAGGGAAUCACUGCCCUCCUCCAAGAUGGCCAAGCAGCAGCAGGAGGAGGGUCUUAUGGGCAGACAAGCUGGUAUGGUGCCCCUGGUUAUCCCCGUGUCCGUGCCAGUGUGCCAGGGUCAGACAGCCCCUCCGGGCACCUGGCCUCACGGGCGCCCCCCGGGCCAGCAUGCCCUGCUCCUGCCCCAGCCCCAACACAAGCCCUCAGUCAUUGUAGCAAGCCGCCGCUCACUGAGGAACUCCCUCUCGGAGAGCUUCAGCCCGGACGGGGAGGGCGAUGCUGGUCAGGACGACGAUGGGAAAUUAGCCAAGCACAAAUGGCGGCCUCGUCCCGAGCCCCUCUUCAUCCCGCCACCCAAACCGGCUACGUUCAUCGCCCCCUCGGUCUACUCCGCCAUCACUCCCUACCAGAGCCACCUGCGGUCGCCCAUCCGCCUGCCCGACCACCACUUCACCCUGCCGCCCUACACCCCGCCGCCCAUCCUGUCGCCGGUGCGCGAGGGCUCUGGUCUCUACUUCUCCACCUUCCUGUCUUCCAUCGCCGCCAGCAACCAGACCCUGCAGCCGCCACCCAACACGCCCAAGUCGGCCUCGCGCAGCCUUCUGCGAGCCACCAGCUCUACAGACAUCACACCCCCAGUCCUCCCUUUGAUCACCGACGCCACACCUGUCAGCUUUGAACCGCGUAUUAACAUUGGCCUACAGUACCAGGCGGAGGUACCAGAGCUGCAGUGUGACCGCUCGCUGACCCAGUGGGACCAGCACAAGGCUGACCUGGUCUGGCUCCCCAUGAAGGCGUCCCUGCUACGCCACGCAGAGCAGGAGACCGUGGAUGACCUGAUGAGCUUGGCCUGCUCCAGCGCUCUGUACGGCGGUGGCACCAAUCAGGAGCUGGCCCUCCACUGUCUGCAUGAGUGCGGGGGCAAUGUCCUUGAGACCCUGGCGUUCCUGUUGCUCAAGGAGCCCGUUUUCUCCGAUGGCCACCACCUGGCGGACUAUCACUACUCAGGAUCAGACAGUUGGACUCCCUCAGAGAAGCGCUUCUUCAAUAAAGGCAUCUCUACCUACAGGAAGGACUUCUUCAUGGUGCAGAAACUGGUGCAAACAAAGACAGUGGCACAAUGUGUGGAGUUUUACUACAUGCAUAAGAAACAGGUGAAGAUCAGUCGCAGGGGAAGCAUUACCUACGGACCUGCAGAGUCCCCAGCAGAUAGACACACAGAGGCAGUAGUGGAUGUUAAGAGCUCUCAGGGAUCAAAACCAAGUCAGGAAGAAGUUGACAGGAAGUGGGAAGGGUCAUGUGACAGGGGUCAAGAUGGCAACCAGUCCAGGGUUUCUCAGACACUACAGGCUCACGACAAUACAGGAGUAGUGCUAGGGCACAGGGACCAGGCUGCUGUACACAAGGUUGGUCCUCCCCAUCCAACCCCUCCCUCUGCAGCCAGAAAACCUCGACCCGAGGCGGGGAAGAAGAGCAGAGCGCCCCCAAAGCCCCCCGGUGACCCAGAGGGCGUGUUCCCCUGCAAGAAGUGUAGCAGGGUGUUCUACAAGGUGAAAAGCCGCAGCGCCCACAUGAAGAGCCACGCUGAGCGGGAGAAGAAGGAAGCCGCACUCAAACUCAAAGAGGAGGAGGAGCGGGCGUUUGAGGCGGAGGCACGGGCCAGGGAGGCAGCAGAGGUUAUGCAGAAUGGGAACGGGGGUGGGAAUGGAGCAGGAGAACAGGAUGAGGUCAGUGAUGAGGGUGUGCCUUCAGAGACAGAAGAUGAAAAGGACCAGGACUGGCAGUGAGAGAGGGGAGGAAUGAGAGGGAAUGAAUGAGAGGGAAUGAAAGACAUAUCCUACUCCCGGAAAAACAAACGAGUACAAAUAAUCUUUGUACCUGAAACAAUGAGAUUGAGUAUGGAGGUGUUCCAGGUCAUCGUUACAGAUGUGCUGCACAGACGAUCAGAUCUUACAACACCCUGGGAGGUGUUUAGAGUCUAAGGAACCACAUUUACAGCGCCUUCAGAAAAUAUUUAUACCCCUUGUCUUAUUCCACAUUUUGUUGUGUUACAACCUGAAUUCAAAAUGGAUUACAUUUAUUUUUCUCACCCAUCUACACAUAAUACCCCGUAAUAACUAAGUGAAAACAUGUUUUUAAAUGUGUUGAAAAUGAAAUAUCUCACUUACAUAAGUAUUUUCAGUUCUGAGUCAAUACAAGUUAGAAUUACCUUUGGCAGUGAUUACAGCUGUGAGUCUUUCUGGGUAAAUCUCUUAGAGCUUUGCAUACCUGGAUUGUACAAUAUUUGCACAUUCUUUUAAAAAUUCUU